CUUUCUUUUCAUUGGGAGCGCUUGAUUUGCUACAGCGGUGAAACUGCGAACUGUUGCUCAACACGCCUAACUUUAGCCCGACACGUUUUACAACGUCGGCUGUAGCUGAUGUAUAGGCACCUUUGAGUUAAAUAUGAGACUAGUAUUUGACCCCAUCUGGGAUGUCACCUGCUCCUCAGGGUGCUGUUGCUGUUGUGAAAGCCCAGACAGCUGAGUAUCACGUGACAUGACGUGUAAGCAGCAUGGCGGCGCUGAGCUGAGGUAGCGACUUGACUGGAGUGACACAAGCCUGGCUUUCGUUAGCUUUCCGUCACCUGCUUACUCGCAGGGCCAGGCCGAAAUGACGGCCUGAGAGAGAAGCGGUAACGAGACCGAGAGAUGCAGCAACAACAACAACAACACCGGCCACCACAGCAGCUUCAGCUUCAGCAGCAGCAGCAUUCGAAGGCAGAAAACAGUAAAACCAAGAGCAUGUUUCUGUCUCGGGCGCUGGAGAAAAUCCUCUCGGAUAAGGAGGUGAAGAGGAGCCAGAACAGCCAGCUGCGCAAAGCCUGUCAAGUGGCCCUUGAUGAAAUCAAGGCAGAACUUGAAAAACAAAAGGAUGGUUCAGUGGUCCCACCCAGAGCCAACUACAUUGAGGCCGACAAAUAUGUGCUGCCCUUCGAGUUGGCCUGUCAGUCAAAGUCCCCCCGGAUAGUUAGCACCUCUUUGGACUGUCUGCAGAAGCUGAUCGCGUACGGCCACAUCACCGGCAACGCCCCGGACAGCAGAACCCCGGGCAAGAGGCUCAUCGACCGGCUGAUGGAAACCGUCUGCAACUGCUUCCAGGGCCCGCAGACCGACGAGGGAGUCCAGCUACAGAUCAUUAAGGCCCUGCUGACGGCGGUGACCUCCCCGCACAUAGAGAUCCACGAGGGCACGGUGCUCCUUACCGUCAGAACCUGCUACAACAUCUACCUGGCCAGCCGCAACCUCAUCAACCAGACCACCGCUAAGGCCACCCUCACACAGAUGCUCAAUGUUAUCUUCACACGCAUGGAAAACCAGGCUGCUCUGGAGGCUCAGGAGCAGGAGAAGGACCGGCUUCGUCUGCCCCAGCAGAACCCGUCCCCAGUCCCUGGUAAUCGGAGGUCCGGCUCCCCCCGGUCUGACCGGACACCUACUCCGGAGCUCCAGCACUCCCCGUCCCCGGCAGCCAGUUCUCCAGACCUCGCUACCACCAACCCCACCAGCUCCACGCCCCCACCGCCAGCCCCCGACCUGGACCAGGACCAAGCGGCAGACGCGCCAUCAAUCAAUGGAGAACCUGAGGGCGGCAACGCUCCGAUUAACGGAGGAGCAGAACAGAUCGCACCAUCCGGAAAUUCCGUUUUGGAAGAUCAAGAUGUAGAGACGCCUCCUACAGCAGCUGAGCCAGCUGAGGAAGGGGACAAACCAGAGAGCAAUCCAAAUCCGGCAGAGUCAGCAGCGACGGAAGGAGAGGAGGGAGAGCAACAGCCAACACAGAUACACAGCGGAGAUGAGCACCCAGCCCACCCUGUCGAUGAGCAGACAGAAGUGGCUCCCCCUGGAGUCAGAACAGAGGGUCAGCAUAUGAACGGCAUCAUUGAGGACCGCUCUUCUGUUUCCUCCACAGAUAUGCUGGAUGCUGAGGCCCUGCAGGGACCCCACGGCGCCGCUCGAUUCUCCCACAUCCUGCAGAAAGAUGCCUUUCUAGUGUUCCGCUCUCUGUGCAAACUCUCCAUGAAGCCUCUGGCUGAAGGACCUCCAGACCCAAAGUCCCAUGAGUUGCGGUCCAAGAUUGUCUCCCUGCAGCUGCUGCUGUCUGUGCUGCAGGGCGCCGGGCCGGUGUUCCGCACACACGAGAUGUUUGUCAACGCCAUCAAACAGUAUCUGUGCGUGGCACUGUCCAAAAAUGGCGUCUCCUCUGUGCCUGAGGUCUUUGAGCUCUCUCUGGCUAUCUUCCUCACCUUGCUCUCCCACUUCAAGGUCCACCUGAAGAUGCAGAUUGAGGUGUUUUUCCGGGAGAUCUUUCUGACCAUCCUGGAGACAUCGACCAGCUCCUUUGAGCACAAGUGGAUGGUUAUCCAGACACUAACACGCAUCUGUGCAGAUGCCCAGUGUGUGGUUGACAUCUACGUGAACUAUGACUGUGACUUGAAUGCAGCAAACAUCUUUGAGCGCCUUGUAAACGACCUGUCUAAGAUCGCUCAGGGCAGGAGUGGUCAGGAGCUUGGGAUGACUCCUCUGCAGGAACUGAGCCUACGUAAAAAGGGUUUGGAGUGCCUGGUGUCCAUCCUCAAAUGUAUGGUGGAGUGGAGCAAAGACAUGUAUGUCAAUCCAAACCUUCAAGCUAACCUUGGCCAGGAGCAUCCAUCAGAUAGUGAGGGAGGAGAGCUGAAGCUCCCAGAUCCACUGGCAGGACGUCGAGACAGCAUCAGUUCGCUAGACUCCACCGUCUCCUCCAUCGCCGCGGUUUCCCAGGCAGACCACCCGGAGCAGUACGAGGUUAUCAAACAGCAGAAAGACAUCAUCGAGCAUGGCAUCGAACUUUUCAACAAGAAGCCAAAGCGAGGUAUCCAGUACCUGCAGGACCAGGGCAUGCUGGGUUCCACAGCCGAGGACAUCGCCCAGUUCCUACACCAGGAGGACCGGCUGGACACUACCCAGGUGGGAGAGUUCGUGGGCGAGAACAUCAAGUUCAACAAAGAAGUGAUGUACAGUUAUGUGGACCAGUUGGACUUUUGCGGGCGGGACUUUGUCUCGGCACUCCGAGCGUUCCUGGAAGGCUUCAGGCUGCCUGGUGAGGCCCAGAAGAUUGACAGGCUGAUGGAGAAGUUUGCUGCUCGAUACUUGGAGUGCAACCAGGGCCAGACUCUGUUUGCCAGUGCAGAUACUGCCUACGUGCUGGCAUACUCCAUCAUUAUGCUCACCACAGACCUGCACAGUCCUCAGGUGAAGAACAAGAUGACAAAGGAGCAGUACAUCAAGAUGAAUCGCGGUAUUAACGACAGUAAGGACCUCCCUGAAGAGUAUCUAUCUUCCAUUUACGAUGAGAUCGCAGGCAAGAAGAUUGCCAUGAAGGAGAGCAAAGAGUACUCAAUCACCCCAAAGUCCACCAAGCAGAGUGUACCCAGUGAGAAGCAGCGGCGUCUGCUGUACAACAUGGAGAUGGAGCAGAUGGCGAAGACCGCUAAAGCUCUGAUGGAGGCUGUCAGCCACGCUCAGGCUCCCUUCUUCAGCGCUACACACCUGGAGCAUGUCAGGCCCAUGUUCAAGCUGGCGUGGACCCCCUUGCUGGCAGCGUUCAGCGUGGGACUGCAGGACUGCGACGACCCAGAGGUGGCUUCACUGUGUCUGGAGGGCAUUCGAUGUGCCAUCAGGAUCGCCUGCAUCUUCAGCAUGCAGUUGGAGCGAGACGCAUACGUCCAAGCCUUGGCCAGAUUCACCCUGCUGACGGCCAGUUCCAGCAUCACAGAGAUGAAGCAGAAGAACAUUGACACCAUCAAGACCCUGAUCACUGUGGCCCACACGGACGGAAACUACCUGGGCAACUCAUGGCAUGAGAUCUUGAGGUGCAUCAGUCAGCUGGAGCUCGCCCAGUUGAUUGGCACAGGGGUGAAGACGCGCUACAUCUCAGGGGUGGUCCGGGACAAGGAGGCUGGCAUCAAGGGCUUACCCUCUGGCACAGAGGAGUUCAUGCCCCUGGGCCUGGGUAACCUGGUGGGAAGUCAAGACAAGAGACAGAUGGCUCACAUCCAGGAGUCAGUAGGAGAGACCAGCUCUCAGAGUGUGGUGGUAGCUGUGGACAGGAUCUUCACUGGUUCAACCAGACUAGAUGGAAAUGCAAUUGUGGACUUUGUGCGGUGGCUGUGCGCGGUGUCCAUGGAUGAGCUGGCCUCAGCACACCAGGCGAGGAUGUUCAGCUUGCAAAAGAUUGUGGAAAUCUCCUACUAUAACAUGAACCGCAUCAGGCUGCAGUGGUCUCGAAUUUGGCAGGUCAUAGGAGACCACUUCAACAAGGUGGGCUGUAACCCCAAUGAGGAUGUAGCCAUAUUUGCUGUGGACUCACUCAGGCAGCUCUCCAUGAAGUUCUUGGAGAAAGGAGAGCUGGCCAACUUCCGCUUCCAGAAAGACUUCCUCAGGCCUUUUGAGCACAUCAUGAAGAAGAACAGGUCCCCCACAAUAAGAGACAUGGUGAUCAGGUGUGUGGCUCAGAUGGUGAACUCCCAGGCGGCCAACAUCCGUUCAGGUUGGAAGAACAUCUUCUCAGUGUUUCACCAGGCAGCCUCCGACCACGAUGAGACCAUAGUGGAGCUCGCCUUCCAGACCACUGGGCACAUUGUCAUGAGCACCUUCCAGCAGCACUUUGCAGCCGCUAUUGAUUCGUUCCAAGAUGCAGUGAAGUGCCUGUCUGAGUUUGUGUGCAACGCAGCUUUUCCUGACACCAGCAUGGAGGCUAUCCGACUCAUACGCCACUGCGCUAAAUACGUCUCAGAAAGGCCACAGGCCCUGAGGGAAUACACCAGUGAUGACAUGAAUGUUGCCCCCGGUGAUCGGGUGUGGGUUCGCGGCUGGUUUCCCAUUCUGUUUGAGCUCUCCUGUAUCAUCAACCGCUGCAAGCUAGACGUCCGGACCAGAGGUCUCACAGUCAUGUUUGAGAUCAUGAAGAGCUACGGUCAAACUUUCGAGAAGCAUUGGUGGCACGACCUCUUCAGGAUCGUCUUCCGCAUCUUUGACAAUAUGAAGCUCCCCGAGCAGCAGACAGAGAAACACGAGUGGAUGACGACAACAUGUAACCAUGCUCUGUAUGCCAUCUGUGACGUGUUCACCCAGUUUUAUCAGCCUCUCAGCGAAAUCCUGCUGGUUGACAUUUUCACACAGCUACAGUGGUGUGUCAGGCAAGACAACGAGCAGCUGGCUCGGUCGGGGACUAACUGUCUGGAGAACCUGGUGAUUCUGAACGGGGAGAAGUUCAGCCCCGAGGUCUGGAACAUCACCUGCUCCUGUAUGCUGGAAAUCUUCCAAAACACCAGCCCUCACGCUUUAUUGACUUGGCGACCAGCUGGACAGGAAGAGGAAACCACAGAUGGAAAACAUUUUGACGCAGAUUUUGACAACCUGUCCCAGAGCAGCUACGACAGAGCUAUGUCUGAGAGAGGACACAGCCAGAUGUCCAGCGACGACACCUGGAAGGGCAAGUCCAAUGCUAGAGUUUCAGACCAGAAGCUGUUUGCAGGGCUGCUGAUUAAAUGCGUGGUACAGCUUGAACUAAUCCAGACCAUAGACAACAUUGUCUUUUACCCAUCCACCAGCAAGAAGGAGGAUGCUGAGAACAUGGCUGCUGCACAGCGAGAUGCUCUGGAAGAGUCGGAGGCUGAGGCAGGCGAGGCGGGUUCAGAUCAAGGUAUGUACAGACACAUGACCUCUGCACACCUCUUCAAGCUGCUGGACUGUCUGCUGGAGUCACACACCUUCGCCAAGGACUUCAACUCCAACAACGAACAGAGGACAGCACUCUGGAGGGCAGGCUUUAAAGGGAAGUCCAAGCCCAACUUGUUGAAGCAGGAGACCAGCAGUCUUGCCUGCAGCCUGAGAAUCUUGUUCAGGAUGUACUCUGACCUUCAGCUGCAGGACUCAUGGCCUGACAUCCAGACACGCCUGCUGCUGGUGUGUAGUGAAGCUCUGGCCUACUUCAUCAGUCUGACCUCAGAGAGCCACAGAGAGGCCUGGAACAGCCUGCUGAUGCUGCUGCUCACCAGGACGCUACGGCUGCCCGAUGACAAGUUCAAGCCCCAUGCUUCCUUCUACUACCCCCACCUGUGUGAAAUGAUGCAGUUUGACCUGAUCCCCGAACUGCGGGCCGUCCUCAGGCGCUUCUUCCUGCGCAUCGGCUCAGUCUUCCACAUCGCUGCCCCCGAGGGGACGCCUGUCCGGACUGCCACGUCCUAGAACGAGUGGGUGCACGAGUUCGGGUGAAGACAUGGAGAUGAUGGGCGGACGUUGUCGACAAAUAAAGAGACUUUCCCCCCCUCCCCCUUCUUUUGGACUGAGAGAGACUACAGAGGAACCGCAAUGUCAGGAGGAGGUUGACAAGGAGACUGUAGCUUUUCCGUCUCAGUUCAGGAGUCUGUAUUAAAGUGUUGAGCUUUCUACUGCACUCAGCUUGUAGAAAAGUCUUUACCCUGUCCUUCCUCUCUUCUUUCUCUCGGGGAUGAACAGCACUGUGACCAGCACACUCUGCUGACUGUUGUCAUUCAUCAUCCCCCUGACUCUCAUCUCAAACAGUAAUGACAAGAAAAGAACUGUAAACAAAUAAUUUAUUGAUAUUGUAUCUGAUUUUGAUGGUUUGGUUUUCUGUUUUUUAAUACUUAACCACAGAAGUAUGUCUACAUACUGAAAGCAAAUGAACAAUACCAUUGAAUUCGAUGAACCUUACAUUUGCGGCUUUUGCGAAAACCUAUUGGCCAACUGUGCCUGUUAGAAAACAAUGACACCUUCGGUCUCACACUUAUUUUGAGUUUGGGGAUCUAAUCGAAAUAUGUUGUAAUUUCUGAACCCUCACGUGUCGAUGCCCAUCCUAAAGCAUUGUUUGUCACUUUAAUGUUCAUGUUCCCUCCUACGUCUGUGUUAUUUGGUAGCGGGCUGUUGCCGUUUGUAAAGAGACUGAAACGCCCUGCUGCAGGUGAAAACAAUCUGCAUCUCUUACAACACUAUCGAAGAUCUAAUGCAGCUUGGUUUGAGAAGUCUCUGCUCUCUGUGACACGACCGUUCUGUUAUCUUUAGAAUUCCUUGUCCGUGAGAUUUAACUUAUUUAUUUUUCCCACUCGCUUUAAUUUCUUUUUAUGAUUAUUUUUUCACAAUGAUUGCUGGUUUACAAUGAAAGGUUGGUUAAAAGACUACUUCCCUCUGUCAUGCAUUCCUUUGUGUGUUGAUCCAGUAAGCCUUACACUAAAGGACUUAAAACGGAGUCAAUUCCUCCUGGCUGUAGAAUUACAGCUGGCUUUAAAACCCCUCCACUAAUCCAUCAAUUGGCCCCAAAAGGUGACAGUGGUUGUCCAUCUCCCACCCUCUUUUGCACAUCUGUUGCCGACAGUUAGCUCAUGUAUUAACACCACCCAGUGUUUCAACUUGGUGUGGAUGGUUGGGACGCCCAUCAGUGUUGUGUCACAUUCAACAGCAGAGUUGAACCACAGAACGGUUCAGGAACAGAGCAAGACCAAAACUCUUAUCUACAGAGAUACUGGAAUCUCUGGAUCAUUUGCAGUCUAUUCCAUGCCUUUUUUUCUUUUCUUUUUUUUGAAAGAAGGAUGUAUGUAAUUAUUUAAAGUGCAUUUAAAUAUUUUUGAGAAGCAUUCCUUCCCUCGCAACUAUGGAUGUCUACUUCCCUGAAACUAGGGAAUAUAUAAAUAUAUAUAUAUAUAUAUAUACAGUAAAUGGGAAAAAAAGCAGACUGUAAAGUUUUCAAUGUAAGAUAUAGAAAUGAAAGUGCUAUAUGGUUCUAUACACAAUAUUGUGAUGUAAUCUUCCAAACAUUUGGUGACCUAAUCAAUAAACCUGAAUUCUGAUCCACUAGUGA